GGAGGCGACUCUCUUCUUCCCUCCCUCCCAAAGCCUCAGCAGAGAGAGAGAGAGAAAGAGAGAGAGAGAGGCGAUGUCUGGUUGGGAUGAAGGUAAAGUAUUCUACAGCGAUCAGGCCCAGUUCCCGGGCGGUGGAGGCGAUCCUGACCAUGGAUCCAUCACUCGCCAUUCCGCCCUCCGCAAGUUCAAGGAAUUCAUCCGUAGUUUCCAUGGAGAGAAGGGCGAUUUCCCAUACAGGGAAAGCCUCGUCCAGAACCCUAAUUACCUCCUUGUUGCCAUGGAAGACCUCCAUUCCUUCGAUGCUGAGCUAUCCGAUAAGAUCCGAAAGCUUCCCGCUGAUUACUUACCCUUGUUUGAAACAGCAGCAGCUGAAGUGCUUGCAAGUCUACGGUCGAAAGUUGCUGGUGAAACGGGCGAAAUGGAGGAACCUGUCACAGGUGAGGUCCAGAUUUUUAUCUCUUCAAAGGAGAAUUCGGUCUCAAUGCGAUCUCUCGGGGCUGAGUUUAUCUCGAAGCUUGUUAAGAUUUCUGGGAUCACGAUUGCUGCAUCGAGAACAAAGGCAAAGGCGACAUAUGUGACUCUUUUGUGUAAGAACUGUAAAAAUGUCAAGACGGUGCCAUGUCGACCUGGGCUUGGUGGUGCCAUUGUUCCCCGAUCGUGUGACCAUGCACCCCAGCCUGGCGAAGAGGCUUGCCCUUUAGAUCCUUGGAUUAUAGUCCCUGAUAGAAGCAAGUAUGUUGAUCAACAGACACUGAAACUGCAGGAGAACCCAGAGGAUGUGCCAACUGGAGAACUUCCGCGGAACAUGCUGCUGUCCGUUGAUAGGCACCUCGUUCAAACAAUUGUACCCGGUACAAGGCUGACUAUCAUGGGAAUUUACAGUAUAUUCCAAGCAGCCAGUUCUGCUGCGCAAAAAGGAGCAGUUGCAGUUAGACAACCUUAUAUCAGGGUUGUUGGAAUAGAACAAGCUCAUGAUGGAAACUCAGGAGGGCCAUCUGCCUUUACGCAUGAUGAGGAACUAGAAUUCAAAGAAUUUGCUCAAAGACCAGAUUCAUAUGCAAAGUUAUGUUCCAUGAUUGCUCCCUCUAUAUAUGGCCAUGCUGAUGUGAAGAAAGCAAUGGCUUGUCUUUUAUUUGGAGGAUCGAGGAAGAGGUUGCCAGAUGGUGUGAAGUUAAGAGGAGAUAUCAAUGUCUUGCUUUUGGGGGACCCAUCUACUGCUAAAUCACAGUUUCUCAAGUUUGUCGAGAAGACUGCUCCUGUGGCUGUCUAUACAUCAGGGAAAGGCUCAUCUGCAGCUGGUCUUACAGCUUCUGUGAUUCGUGAUAACAGCUCACGUGAAUUUUAUCUGGAAGGAGGAGCCAUGGUUUUGGCAGAUGGGGGAGUCGUCUGCAUUGAUGAAUUUGACAAAAUGAGGGUCGAGGACAGAGUUGCCAUUCAUGAAGCCAUGGAGCAGCAGACCAUAUCCAUCGCCAAAGCAGGAAUAACAACCGUGCUCAAUUCUAGAACGUCUGUACUUGCAGCAGCCAACCCCCCAUCUGGGCGUUACGAUGAUCUUAAGACUGCACAGGAUAACAUUGAUCUGCAGACAACAAUCCUUUCUCGAUUUGAUCUAAUUUUCAUUGUGAAAGAUAUCCGAAUGUAUAGUCAAGAUAAGCUUAUCGCUAGCCAUAUUAUAAAAGUUCAUGCUAGUGCUGGCAUAGCAUCCAAGGAUACUGAUUCUUUGGAAGGAGAGAAUUGGCUGAAGAGAUACAUUGAGUACUGCCGCGUUCACUGCAAGCCUCGGUUAUCAGAUUCUGCUGCCACCAUGUUGCAGAACAACUAUGUAAAAAUCAGACAGCAAAUGAGGCAGCAGGCUAAUGAGUCGGGGGAGUCAGCUGCAAUACCGAUUACUGUUAGGCAGCUUGAAGCUGUAGUAAGGCUAAGCGAGUCACUGGCAAAGAUGAGACUGUCCUUUGUUGCAACGGAGGAGCACGUUACGGAGGCACUCAGGCUCUUCAAUGUUUCCACUAUGGAUGCUGCGCGCUCUGGGAUCAAUGAACAUAUGAAUUUGACUGCUGAUAUGGCAAAUGAGAUCAAGCAAGCUGAGACACAGAUAAAGAGAAGAAUGGGAAUUGGAAGCCAUAUUUCAGAGAGACGUCUAAUCGAUGAGCUUGCCAGGAUGGGGAUGAAUGAAUCCAUUGUGAGAAGAGCUCUCUUGAUUAUGCAUCAGAGAGAUGAAGUGGAGUACAAACGAGAACGACGUGUCAUUGUUCGCAAAGCUUGAUAUCUAAAAUAUUCACAAACUCCAGCAAAUAUUAAAGGAAAAUUCAUGUAAUCAAAAUGGUGCCUUUCAGGAGGUUUCUCACGUAAGCAGGUUUGGUGUGGCCCAUCUUCAUUAGUUCAUGAUGUGGAGUUGCAUCAUCAAUUUCAAAUUUGAUUGUACCAAAUCAUUCAUCUUCGUCUUGCCCCAGCUUCAGUAGUUCCUGAUAUGGAGACGCAUCAUCAAUUUCAAAUUUGAUUGUACCAAAUCAUUCUUCUU